AGCAGCGCGAGAGGAAAACAAGGCGGCUGCGAUGUUUAUGCGCUGCGACCUCAUCGGCGUUUGGCUUGGAAACUGUAGCUGCAGUCGGCAGCGAUUGAGCCGAAGGUGAUGUUCCUGCACAUGCCCUAACCCCUGUGCCAGCGAUGGAGUCCAGGCUGCCGGCAGAGCUAUGGCGCCUUAUCCUGGCUUAUCUACCCCUGGCUGAUUUGGGCCGUUGUUGCCUGGUAUGCCACGGGUGGCGGGAACUCGUAUUGAGCCUGGAUAGCACACGCUGGCGCCAACUGUGUCUCGGCCUCUCGGAGUGGCGGCAUCCAAAUUGGCCGCGCCGACCUCACCUGGCACCGCCGUCCUGGCGUGAGGCGCUGCGCCAGCAAGCCCUGGCAAGCCGCACAUGGAUGCAGAAUGGAGCCGAGCUCCACUCGUCUACCUGCCUGCACCUGUUCCGGCGCAGGAAAGACAGGAAAGUGUGGCAUGUGGGCUCCGUACCCGGGCAUGGCUAUGAGACACUGAGAGGGGCACUGGCGACUGCUGGGCCGUACGAUAGGCUGCUGCUCCAUCCAGGUAUUUAUGAGGAGCAGGCAGAGGUGACUCUGAAAGUGCCUGUUGAGAUUGUGGGCAUGGGGAAGCUUGGUGAUGUGGCUUUAUUGGUGAGCUUCGAUCAGCAGUGCCCAACUGCCCGGCUUUGUAAUUUGGUUUUGAUGCCAGCAUGGUUUUCACCAGUUGUUUAUAAGACAUCUUCAGGUCAUGUCCAGUUGGACAACUGCAACUUCGAGAGCUGUCAGUUUCAUGUCAGAGGACCGGGCACCUGCCAGGCUCGAUUCUGUUCGUUCGCCCAGGGCAGCUCCGCCCACUUCCUAGGCGUGGCCAUAAGCCUAAUGGACAGCUGUGAGUUUUCUGGUGGUGACUCUGCUUCUGUCACUGUGGAAGGUCCACCAGUUUCUGAGCGCAACUGGGCUUAUAAACACCUGGCUGCCUUGGCCAAAAUGUUAACCAUCUCAACCAUGUCUACGAGCAGUCAAGAUGCAAAAGAAAACCUGGGUGGAGUCAGUCCCAGAGAUUCUGCCCUCGAGGACUGGACUAAACAGGACAUGGACUGGGAAAGUGGUAGGACCAAAUUGAAAUCCCUCAGUAGAGGUCUUCUUUCAGGCCAGGAGGGCACGAUGAUCGAGGAUGACAGCAUGGACACAUCAAGCGAUUCUUGUGAUGAUGAGAAACUAGAGAACGGAAAUAAUGUGGGGUACACGCUGUCCUACGAGCAGCAUGGUCUCGCGCACCUCUUGGAGCCACGGAAGCCGGAUUUUUCCACGUUUCCUGUGCUGCUGAAUCUGAGUGCAGAGCUGCAGAGGGAUGCGGAGGCACAGGACUUGGCAAAUUCGGUGCAUGGGUGCCUACUGCACCACUGCCUGCUGCGUGAUGGCAAAGGUGGUGUUCAUCUGUGUAAUCAUGCCCAGGCGAGACUGGAGGCCAACGUGUUUCGAAGUCUCAACUAUGCAGUGCGCUGCAUCCAGUAUGCCAAGAUGGUGAUGUUGCGCAAUGAAGUAAGUGGGUGCCGAGCAUCUGGUGUUUUCUUGCGGCUCUCUGCUCAAGGCCUCAUCGCCGAAAACAACAUCCACUCAAACGGCGAAGCAGGACUAGACAUACGCAAAGGAGCCAAUCCCAUCAUCCUGUGUAACAGGAUCCACAGCGGCCUACGUUCUGGGAUUGUCGUCCUUGGCAAUGGGAAAGGUUCCAUCCGCAGCAACCAGAUCUACGGCAACAAAGAGGCCGGAGUCUACAUUCUUUACAACGGCAAUCCUGUGGUCAGUGGGAAUCACAUAUUCCAAGGCCUUGCUGCUGGCAUUGCUGUUAAUGAGAAUGGGAGAGGACUGAUUACUGAAAAUGUGAUCAGGCAGAAUCAGUGGGGUGGUGCAGACAUCCGUCGAGGAGGUGACCCAGUCCUACGCAAUAACUUCAUCUGUCAUGGCUACUCUGACGGAGUGGUGGUGGGCGAGAGAGGAAGAGGUCUCAUCGAGGGCAACCACAUCUACGGGAACAGGGGCUGUGGCGUGUGGGUGAUGUUAUCAAGCCUUCCACAGCUGAUCGGAAACUUCAUAACCCAUAACCGUAUGUACGGGCUGGCCGUGUUCUGCCGGAAGGACCCAGCAUUUUCAGCCGGGAGCGAGCGAGGAGGAGGAGGAGGAGGAGGAGGAGAGAGGGAGAGAGGAGGCCAGGAAAACUUCCAUGAAGAAGGCGAACUGCUAGCGUGGGAGAGUGACAUGGACAGUGAGGACGAGCGAUUCUCCAACCGCCGCCCAAUCACCGUGGCUUUAGUGGAGAAUAACUGCAUCAGUCAAAAUGGAGAAGUGGGCGUGUAUGUGAAAAGCAGUGAGGCGCUAAACGUGGUGGGCAACAUGGUGGCCGGGAACCGGGCGGCGGGCGUGGCCAUCGUUCAGAGCGCGCAGCUGACACGACUCGUCAGCAACUGCGUCCAUGGCAACGGCAGGGCCGGAAUCACGGUGGACCGAGAAUGCCGAGUGGAGCUCCGAGGCAAUGGCAUUUACGGUAACAGUUACCAUGGCGUGUGCUUCCGCGGCGACGGGCAGAUCGUGGAAAACGAUGUGGCUGGGAACGGGGCAAUCGGGGUACGGCUGAUAGAAAGCACAGAUGUGAAGGUUCUGAGGAAUCGCGUGCAGUCUUUGCGUGGUUGUGCUAUCUCCGUGAGAGAGCGGGUUCGCGGUGUGAUCCAGGAAAACCUGGUGUACCAGGGCUACCCUGACAACAAUAAACCGCACAUAUACACCGACCCUCUUAACCAAGAGUGUGUCGUUCUCAGUAACACUCUCCUUACUCACAGACCAAACACAAGCUGGGCUCUGGAAAACCCACCACCUCGUCCUCUGGACAGCAAUCCUCCGAGCUCUGCCCCUUCGUCCCGCCCUGCGCACCUAGCCAUUAGCAUGACGAGUAGAAUCACGGCUACUGUAGAGAGCGGCUGCCAUAACAAUGGCAGCAUCUUCUGUUGCAUACUGUGAAGGAUUGGUCACUUUUUUUUUUUGAAGCACUUAAGGACGCUGUCCUAACUAGAUAUUAACUCAAGGAACUUUUAUCGUAGUAACCGGCAACUCUGAGAUACGAUCGAUGUACUUGUGUGUGGUGGUCUGGGAAAAACCCACCGGAUGAUGAGAUUUUCCAGACUGCUAGCUACAGUAUGUACAGUAAGAAAGAUGCUGUUCUGUCACUUCUUUUGUGUUCUGAUCAAUCAGUUGGUCGCCUUAGCAUUCUUAACAUUCUCGAUCAUCAAUUCACAAGUACAUUAGUUCCUCUAACACUAAGGCGACCAGGUUGAAAGGAAUCAAAACCGUCUCUAAUACAAUUAUAUCUACCAAAGGAUGGUGCGAUAUACAGAUCCAGUGGUUCCAGAUGUUUAUCAGAGGGCCUUGUUUAAAUGGUUUAUGCAGAAGGUGUUUUUUUCUAUCGUCAUCGUGGAGACAUACACUAUAUGGAUAAAAGUAUUUGGGCAACUUGUUAAGUAUUGAAUUCAGGUGUUUCAAUCAGGCCCCUUAUCCCCAGUGAAGGACGAUCUUAAUUCUUCAGCAUACCAAGACAUCUUGGACAAUGUUAGGCUUCCAACUUUGUGUAAACAGUUUCAGGAAGGACCUUUUUAUUUUAUUCUAACAUGCCCCAAAAGACAUUUUUCGAUGAGUUUGGUUCGGGUGAUGAGUUCCCUGACCUCAACCCCAUCAAGCACCUUAGGGAUGAACUGGAAAGGAGAUUGCGAGCCAGGCCUUCUCGUCCAACAUUUUAUACAAUGUCAUUGAAGGUUUGGCCAAAUCCUUUUGUCCAUAUAGUGUACAUGGAGUUCAUAAAUUUACACUGUUAAACAAUACAUAUAUAUUUUUUAAAUCCAUAUUCCAACCUUAAAACAAGCAACAAUGUCCACGCGUGAAAGUUUUGGACUGAGCCCCAGGUGGCCGUUUGGGCCCAGAAUAGUUCAGGUGCACUGUGGGAAUUCGAGUCUCACUGAAGGAAAAUUCACAUAACAGGCUCCACCGCAGCAUGGGGUGGUGUUAUUCAGCCUCAGCAUGGCCCUUUGAGGUUUAUGCUGUUGUGCACAUUUCAGAGAUUUUUUUCUUCCACACCUCUUGCAACCUGGCAACCGCUCAGUAAAUAAGUGGCAGGGCAGUUCUGGCUCAGUGGUUCAAGUGUCUAAGCUGUAUACGUGGAUCUUUUAUCCUUUCUGAAUUGUAAAUUCUCUUGAAUGAUAUCUCCUCUGCCAGAUGUGUACAUGCAAAGUUAAUCUUCGUGGUAAAAAUAAUUGUUUUUAUCAUCUCUCCGAGGACUCGCCUGUAUCCGACAGAAACCUUCGAACGUGUCCUCAUUUUCUUUGCUAUAAUAAUUCUAUAUAAAGGUUCUCUCCCGAUUCUUUUUCUCACUGUUUACUCUCGAAUAGUGCAAUAUGUGAUGUCUAAAAUGUGCCUAUUUUUACUGUAUGCCUUUAUUUUUUUAUACGUUGUACAGUCUGAAUGAUAAAUACAUCUGUUAAUCAUUU